AUGACAAGUUUGAUACGUCACCUCCAUGAUUUCGCUCGUGAAACCGACCUCACCAUGGAUGAGUGGGCACAGGGUGUACAGAUGAUCAACCAGGCCGGUCAAAUGAGCAACGACCGACGAAACGAAGGACAGCUGAUGUGUGACGUGUUGGGUCUCGAGUCACUUGUUGACGAGAUUACCAACAAAAUGCUUGUCGGGGCUGACUACGAGGCUACCAAGACCGCUAUUCUGGGACCUUUCUUUCGACAUGACACUCCUCCUACUCGAAACGACAGCACUAUAAUCAAGACCAUGCCUUCAGAUGGCGAGGUUGUUUUUAUGCACGGCAUUGUCCAAGACGCCGCCACAGGCGCUCCUAUUCCCGGCAUCAUUGUCGACAUCUGGCAAUGUAGCACCAAUGGUCUUUACGAACAGCAGGAUCCAGACCAAGCCGAGUUCAACCUCCGCGGCAAGUUCACGACGGACGCAAAUGGAUACUAUGGACUUUAUUGCCUUCGCCCUGUUCCAUAUCCUGUGCCAGAUGACGGUAAGAAGGACACCCUGGGUUGUGGAGAAGUCGACGAGGAUCGUCACUAA